AAUGGCGGAACCCGGCGGAGCGGCGCUCGCUUCUCUUCCUGCAGCGGGACACGGAGCGGAUAUUUGAAUGUUGUGGCUGUUUCAGCCUCUCGCUGGGGACCUGUUCUCUUCUACAACAUCCACUGCGGCUCAUGGCCGACUCGCGUUAAGGAAACGUCCUCUGUGACUGCAGUGAAACGAGUGGAAACAACCCGAGGCUCGUCACAGAGACUCUAACCCGGAGGACACAGUUUACUUUUAAAAGUGCACUUUUUGCAGGUUAGCAGCUGGAUGUGAAGCUAGCGGAGUACUAGCUUCGCCCGGCUGAUAGAGAGAAAGCCCACUGAGCAGUGGAACAGCGGCAUGCUGCUACUCCAUCACAACAACCAGUGAAGAUGAACAGGAAGAAGGAUAAGGGCUUCGAGAGCCCGCGACCUUUCAAAUUGACCCAUCAGAUGGUGUGCAUCAACAACAUCAACUUCCAGAGGAAAUCUGUCAUCGGCUAUGUCGAGCUGACCAUCUUCCCCACUGUGGUCAACCUGAACAGGAUCAAGCUCAACAGUAAACAGUGCCGCAUUUACAGGGUUAGAGUCAAUGAGCUUGAAGCCCCGUUCAUUUACAAUGACCCCACCCUGGAGGUGUGCCACCACGAAUCCAAGCAGAGGAACCUCAACUAUUUCUCUAGUGCCUACACAGCAGCCGUGAGUGCUGUGGACCCGGAUGCAGGACACGGGGAGCUGGUCAUCAAGGUGCCCUCUGAACUCUGGAAACAAGGAGAUGAUUUGAAAGUUUUAAAGGUGUACAUAGAAUUCUCACUGGACCAGCCCAAAGGAGGUCUCCACUUUGUUGUUCCUGAUGUGGAGGGCAGCAUGGCAGAGAGAGGAGCUCAUGUGUUUUCCUUUGGAUACCAGAACUCCACCAGAUUCUGGUUCCCCUGCGUGGACUCGUACUCAGAGCUGUGUACGUGGAAGCUGGAGUUCACUGUUGAUGCUUCCAUGGUGGCAGUGUCCAGUGGUGAUCUGGUGGAGACCAUGUACACCAAUGACAUGAGGAAGAAGACCUAUCACUAUGUCCUACCCAUUCCCACGGCGUCCCCUAACAUCUCCCUGGCAGUGGGGCCCUUUGAAAUCCUUGUGGACCCCUACAUGCACGAGGUGACCCACUUCUGUCUGCCGCAGCUGUUGCCACUGCUCAAACACUCCAUGUCAUACCUGCAUGAGAUUUUUGAGUUCUAUGAAGAGAUCCUGACGUGCCGUUACCCUUAUUCCUGCUUCAAGACUGUGUUUGUGGAUGAACCCUAUGUGCAAGUGUCCUCUUAUGCAUCCAUGAGCAUCUUCAGUACCAACAUGCUUCACAGUGCGAUGAUCAUAGACCAGACCCCACAGACUCGUCGUUGUCUGGCCCAGGCCUUGGCUCAGCAGUUCUUUGGUUGUUUCAUCUCCAGGAUGUCAUGGGCUGAUGAGUGGGUGUUGAAGGGAAUCUCAGGCUAUAUCUACGGCCUCUACCUGAAGAAAACGUUCGGAGUCAAUGAGUAUCGACACUGGAUAAAAGAGGAGCUGGACAGGAUUGUGGACUAUGAACUAAAGAUGGGAGGGGUCCUGUUGCACCCAACCUUCAGUGGAGGCAAAGAGAAGGACAAUCCUACUCCACACCUUCACUUCUCCAUCAAGCACCCCCACACGUUGUCCUGGGAAUACUACAAGAUGUUCCAGUGUAAAGCCCACCUGGUGAUGAGGUUGAUAGAGAACAGGAUCAGCAUGGAGUUCAUGUUGCAGGUUUUCAACAAGCUCCUGAGUUUGGCCAGUACGGCCUCAUCCCAGAAGUAUCAGAGUCACAUGUGGAGCCAGAUGCUUCUGUCUACUCACGCUUUCCUCAAAUCCAUCUCCAACGUCUCUGGCAAAGACAUAGGCCCGCUGAUCAAACAAUGGGUAGACCAGAGUGCUGUGGUAAAAUUCUUUGGAAGUUUUGCCUUUAACAGGAAGAGGAACGUGUUAGAGCUGGAGAUCCGUCAGGACUAUACAUCAUCUGGAACUCAGAAAUAUGUGGGUCCCAUCAAGGUGACAGUGCAGGAGCUGGAUGGGUCCUUCAAACACACACUGCAGAUAGAGGAGAACAGCCUCAAGCAUGACAUCCCCUGCCACUCCAAGAGCAGACGAAACAAGAAAAAGAAGAUCCCUCUGGUGAAUGGAGAGGAGGUGGACAUGGAUUUGUCAGCUAUGGACGCUGACUCGCCUCUCCUCUGGAUCCGGAUUGACCCAGACAUGUCCAUUCUGCGGAAGGUGGAGUUUGAGCAGGCGGACUUCAUGUGGCAGUAUCAGCUGCGCUAUGAGAGGGAUGUAGUUGCACAGGAGGAGUCUAUCUUGGCGCUGGAAAAGUUCCCAACUCCUGCCUCCAGACUGGCUUUGACUGACAUCUUAGAGCAGGAACAGUGUUUCUACAAAGUCCGCAUGCAGGCCUGCUUCUGUUUGGCCAGGAUUGCCAAUUCCAUGGUGAGCACAUGGCAGGGCCCACCCGCUAUGAAGUCCCUGUUCACCAGAAUGUUCUGCUGUAAGAGUUGCCCCAACAUUGUCAAGACCAACAACUUCAACAGCUUCCAGAGCUACUUCCUACAAAAGACGAUGCCUGUUGCCAUGGCGCUACUCAGAGAUGUUCAGAACCUCUGUCCCAAAGACGUCCUCAACUUUAUACUUGACCUCAUCAAGUAUAACGACAACAGAAAAAACAAAUUCUCGGACAACUACUAUCGCGCAGAAUUGAUUGAAGCACUGACCAACUCUCUGACCCCCGCCAUCUGUAUCAACAAUGAGGUGCGGACAGUGGACAAUUUAAAUGCUGACGUCCGUCUCAUCUUGGAGGAGAUCACCCGAUUCCUUAAUAUGGAAAAACUGCUCCCCAGCUUCAGGAACACCAUCACUGUCAGUUGUCUGAGAGCAAUUCGGGAGCUUCAGAAGAACGGCCAUAUUCCCAGCGACCCAUCACUGUUCAAGUCCUACGCUGAGUUUGGACAUUUUGUAGAUGUUCGCGUCGCUGCCUUGGAGGCUCUGGUGGACUAUACAAGAGUGGAGAGAAGUGCAGUAGACCUGCAGUGGCUGCUCGCCAUGGUCCACAACGAUCCAACUCAUUAUGUCAGACAUAAGAUCCUGAGCAUGCUCAGUAAGAAUCCACCUUUCACAAAGACAUCAGACUCCCCUCUGUGUAAUGAAGCACUGGUUGACCAACUGUGGAAGCUCAUGAACUCAGGCACCUCACAUGACUGGCGGCUGCGCUGCGACGCAGUGAACCUCUACUACGCCUUGUUCGGUCUGACCCGUCCGUCGUGUCUGCCACUGCCAGAGCUGGGCCUCGUGCUCAACCUGAAGGAGAAGAAAGCUGUGCUCAACCCAACCAUCAAGCCUGAGCUGGGGGUCAGUGGGGGUAUGGAGACACCUGCCAGUAUAGGAAUCCAUGGAGUUGGCAUGUGUUACACAGCUGUUGACGAAGAGCCGGAUCCUAUUUCAUUGGGGGUGUGUGGGGUGGGUCAGCCACCUCUAGGCCUGAAGAGGAAGGCUGAGACCCCGCUGGGCUCCCCUCCAGAGCCGGGACAGGUCCUGCAGCAGCAGGAAGACGAAGGCAGAGCAGGGCGCUACAAGAUCAGGGUGAAGGAUCUCGCCUUUCCCCCCAAGUUUAACACCAUGGAAGAAGAAGAUAUCGAUAUGGAGAGUGUUCAUGACAGUCAGGCCUUCAUCCACCAACAUCUUAAUCUGAUGGAAAGACCCUCUACACCAGGUAAAGAGCCGCUGUCAGUCGAACAGUCCAUUCUCUCAAUGCCCGCCACGCCAGUGCCCUCCUUCCCCAAAGAGACCACCUCCACCUCGUCUAAACACGGCAGCGAGCACGGCCACCACCAUCACCACCACCACCACGAGCACAAGAAGAAGAAGAAAAAGCACAAGCACAAACACAAGCACAAGCACAAACACGAAAGCAAGGAGAAGGACCGAGAGAAGGACAACGCGCACGUGUACAGCAACAGCCCAGCCAGCGGCAGAUCCCUGCGCUCGCCAUCUCUGUCCGACUAAACCUCUGAAGAGAAACGAUGUUACCUGGAUACACCCAUCGCCUGCUUGCAUCAUGAGAACAGUGACACACAGUGGAGGCAAAGCAUGUUCAGUUGAACUAAAUGUUUGUGACUCAGAAUGAGGCAGAAUCAUUCUGACAAAAUGUUGAAGAAAAGAAUCUUCCAAGUGUAGUCAUAGAUGGAAAGAAGCCGCAGUAGUGCAUGUUGACUCCGAAGAGGAAGUGCAGUGUCGUCAAGGUAAACCUUGUUUCUACACACACAAACACACACUGGUGCUGCUGUGGGUGGACUCUGCUGGCAGCGGCCGUCUGGCUGGGGUGUGCAACCACAAUCAACUUUUUCCACCAACAGUCAAAUACAGACUCAUCCCACCUCAUACAGCCGCCCCUGCUGCAGGGACACCACUCUGGUCUGCCUCAUCCCAACAGCUGAAUCCCAGCAUUCAGUGCGUGGCUUCUGAGGGGAAACCAGGUGGUUGGUGGUGAAGAUUUCACCAUCCUGCCUCGAGUGACUCAUCAUCGUCAGCUCACUGGGGAAAAUUCAACAAAAACAACAAUUUUUACUGUAUUGUUCAAUUAAAACUCAAGUUAUACUAGUGUUUUUUUUAAUACUUUUUGUUUCCUAACUGCCAUCCUUUUUAAAGGUGCUUUUAUAUCAUUGAAGGUUUUGACAAGAUGGAAUCCAGCUCAACGAAUACAUUUACUCUGGCAACGUGUUCAUGGGGUUGAUGAUGUGGUUUUAAAAAACAUCCAGAAUUCACCAUUGAGAUAACCAGACCGGUGCUGAUCAUGGAGCUCAUAUGUUUCAAAAAAUGUUUUUUUAUUAAAUCAGUCGGUUUUGUCUUGUUUUUUUCUACAGACAAAUAAAAUCGUAGUAUUCAUAUAAACUUUCUUGACUCUGGUUAAUUAGUUCUGUCAGCAUUAAUUCCUUUUUAGUACAUGUGAACUUCCCAGUUAGUACACGUCUAAGUAGAAACGGUUUCCCAUCAGUGGUCCUUAUUACCUCUAAGACGAUCUUUAAGAUGGAUCUGUACUGUAGAUCAAAAACUGCAAAUGACAGAAAUAUGUGAAACAGAAAAUUUCAAAGCAGAAUCCAAAGGCUUCAUGUGGAAAGAAGGAACCUAGAUCUCUCUUUUUUUUUAAUAUACAUUGUGUUCAUUUGAUAAUUUGCCUUUAAAAUAAAUUGGAUGGAAUCAUACAUUUUUACAUUUGUUUGAAUUCUUAUUUUGUGUUUCGCUGGAUUAAAAAGAUCACAGGUAUAACAGUCAGUUUGUCAGCAUCAGAAAAAACACACUGCUGCUACAGUUUGGUACAGUGAAGAGCCUCAGCAGCAGCCGUACACAGUGGCCUGACGUACUUAUCUCAACAUCGUUUCUCUGAUUUGUCCAUCAGUUUUUCAUUCGUCUGUUAGUGCAUCCUUUUGUCCUGGCUUGACCCCGAGCCUAGUGUGACGCUGAACAUUUAAACCUGUGAAUGAGGUCCGAGUGAUCGGAUCUCAAGAAGCACAGAGGACACAUUUAGGUCAAUUCAGACCUGUACUUACUGGGGACCUCUUGUGAUCGGAUCUCUCAGGCAGAUGGUUUUACCAGGUCUGGCCCUAAGAUGCUACAAUUCUCCAUAAAGACUUAAAUAAACUCUCAUAUGAACACGUUCUCACCUGUGGCAAAACAUGAUUCCUUGUGAAUUAAUGGAUUUUUUUUAUUUCCUUAAACAAAGCAAAUUGGCCAAAUGAUUCUCCCAAUGAUUUGAACUGUAACAAUAUGUUUCUAGUAUUUUUAUUGCCUACUUACAGGCAAAUGGUUGAUAUCAUAUAGUAAGACCUAUUAUUAUGAUUAUUAUAUGCUCAUUGUUUGCAUUUCAGUUGGUCUCUGUCAUUUUUAUUCGUUUUGAUUUGUAGCGGGAAAAUAAAACUUUAUUUGAUUAG